GCCGCACACUCCCUCCUCAUUUCCUUCUCCCCUUUUUCCCCGCUUUCUUCAACCGCAUUACUUCCGUACUUCCACCGCAUACCGCUGCAUCACCGUUCCUCCUCCACACCUAGCGCCGCCAUCGCGCCGCCACAUUAGGUUAGGUCCGCCGUUGGCUAGGGCAGCACGUAACCAUCUCCAACAGCCCUUAUCAUGGAGGUGGGCGGGGCGCGGCGACUGGGUGUGCGGCGGAUAGAGGAGGGCGACAGAGUGGUGGUGUACGAGUCGAGGGACGCCAUGAGGAUGCUCACGGUGCACGCCGGGCAGCUGCUGCAGAACCGCUUCGGCGUGUUCAAGCACAGCGAGUGGAUCGGGCAGCCCUUUGGCUCGCGGGUGCGCGCAGCCAAGGGAGGCGGCUUCGUGCACCUGCUGGCGCCCUCGCCCGCGCUCUGGACCAAGGUGCUGCCCCACCGAACGCAGAUCCUGUACCUGCCGGACAUGGCGCUCAUCAUCUCCCGCCUCGCCAUCGCGCCCGGCGCCACGGUGCUGGAGAGCGGCACGGGCAGCGGCAGCCUGUCGCACUCCAUUGCGCGCGCUGUGGCGCCCACAGGGCGCCUGCUGUCCUUCGACUUCCACCAGGGGCGGGCGGAGCAGGCCAGGGCUGAGUUCGCGGCCAACGGCGUCGCGCACGUGGCCUCGGUGGCGGUGCGCGACAUCCAGGGGCAGGGCUUCCCCCCCGCACUGCACGGCGUGGCGCACGCGGCGUUCCUGGACCUGCCGAGCCCGUGGCUCGCCCUGCCCUCUGCCGCUGCGUGCGUGGUGGCGGGCGGGCGGGUGUGCUCCUUCUCGCCGUGCAUGGAGCAGGUGCAGCGCUGCAGCGACGCCAUGAGGAGGGAGGGACUCACAGACAUUCGAACCGUGGAGCUGCUCAGCCGAACCUACGAGGUGCGGGAGGAGGCCCUCAUCGUGCCGAGUCUGAAGCCAGCGUCGGAUGCUUUGAACCUCGAGCCCCAAGCCGAGGUUGGUGAUGGGAAGGCAGGCGUGGGCGAGGGGUGUGAGCGCGAGGGGUGUGAGCGUGAGGGGGCUCAGCAGGGCGGCAGGCGGGCGGGCAAGCGGCGCAGAGGGGAGGAGGGGGGUGGCGAGGAGGAGGGCGGCAGGGGGUCGACGGCAGGCGGCGAGGAUGGCGAUGGCGAGAUGGCGGGCACGGCGGGGGGAGGGGGGGAGGACGGAGGUGGAGCAAGUGCAGGUGGCAGGGAAGGGGCAGGAGCAGCGGGCGGUGCGAGGAGGGAGGGUGGCAGGCGGCAGAGGGGAGCGGCGGAGAGCGUGGGAGAGGCGGCGAGGUACGUGGCAGCGCGGCCGGCGGCAGAGAGCAAGGGGCACACGGGGUACCUCACGUUCGCCAUCAAGCCCGUGUGACGCGCUGCCAUCGCUCACAGCACGACCGAAUCAUGGAUUUCUCUCUGCCUGGGUGUCUUACUACGACUGAUCAUCGUGCCACCACUUUCAAAGUUCCAACCUAUCGCGUGCCACAGCAGAAAUGUUGGCAAAUGUGAACAAAUUACAGGAGAUUGUAAAUCUUCCGUCCUAAAAAAGUUGGUGUUCGUGCGCAGUCUCCACCUCUUCCUUCGGAGGGAAACCGCGAUGCCGCUGGUCUCACUUAGCGCUUCGGGCUUCGGCCACUGCUGGCGGCGAGAAUAAGCGAUGCUGGCUCUGGGCCCUAGAGAGGCUCGCGGUCGAGAAGAGCUUGGAAUGAAAUGAAGCGACGAUACUAACUCAAUGGCUUGACUGCAUGGUCGUAGACUUGCGCGAUGCAUUGGCGGCGAUGGAACUUGCGGGAAGAACACUGGUCCGUGUCGAGUCUGACACAAUGUUAGUCUGACGGGAGGACAUGGGA